AUGAUGACUCAGACGAAGAGGAGGAGAGCGACGUAUGAAGGUGCACAACUUCUCCUCCCCCUCAUUUGUAUGGCAUCAACAGCAUUACAAACACCAGUACAGGCGGACACUGUGCAUGACAAGUUCAUGCGCGGCCAAGUGUAGUACUGUUUGGAUUUCCUGAAUUUGUCAUGUACGCGAUGCCACAAGGGAGCAAGUAGAUUUGGGUUUUUGCAUGAGAAAUUAGGGGGGACUUGUGCACUGUGAUACGACGAGGACUCCGACGACGAGGAUCCGGACGAGACAUAUAUCAAAUGCAAAUAUAGUCUGGGUCUGGAAGAUUGCAACUUGUGAUGCUGUCUUCGGAUUCGAAAAAAGGCUGUAUUGCAUGACCAGCAACAGGAGCCCAGUUUGUGUUACGUGCAGAGGGCAUUUCUGAUGCGGAAUAGGCAUCAGGAAGUCCUCUAAAAAUCUGUGAUGCUAGGUCAUGCAUUACAGGCGUCAUGGGUCAUACAGGAUAUGCGUGACAAGCCUGGCAAUCUUCCAGAUCCAGACGUAUUUGCAUUUGAUAACAUUCGCGCGAUUGCAACGCGCCGCGACAAGGAAAUACAAACAGGAACAGAAGGCCGCCGAGGAUAGCAGCGACGAAGACGAGGACGACGAGGAUGACGAAAGUUCGGAGGAAAAUAAACCGCCGUCCGCGAAAAGGCGAAAAGUGUCCGCAGUGGUAGAGAAGGAGAGUAAGGCCAAAGAAGCGUCAACUGCGAAGAAAGGAGGAAAAACCACCACGCCGAGGCUAGAUCCGCAGAAGAGUCCGGUUCCGAAAGCGAAGGCGAAACCAACUACCGGGACGAGUAAAGCGGCCACGCCUGUAGUCGCGGCGAAGGAUGCGAAGUCCGUUGGGAAGGACACUGCAUCAAAGACGGGGAUAUUAAAACCGAAAUCCGAGCCUUCGAAAGGAAAGAAGGACAGAGUUUUCGAGGAAAAUGACGAAAGCAAAAAGAAAAUUUCCAGUCCAAAGCGCUCGCCGUCCGUAUCGCCUCAAGUACUAAAAGAGAAGCCAAAGAAGCCAGCGCCGAAACAAGCAUCUGCUGCGCCAUCGGUCGUGGCGUCGGCGCCAACAUCGACAGCAAAAAAGCGGAAAAGGUCGCCACAGAAAAUCACUAUCACCGAACAGAUGAUCGAAGCAGAACGCCGCUGGUGGCUGGAGCCCGGCGCCUUCGAGCUGACCGAGAAGAAGUGGAACUCGCUGGAACUCAUGGGUUUUGUUUUCCAACCGGAGUAUGUUCCGCACAACGUGCCCUUGCUGUAUGAGAAGAAGCCGAUCUACCUUCCUCCCCAAGCGGAGGAGAUCGCGACCUGGUGGGUGUCGGUCAUUGGGUCACAUUAUGAGAAGAGCAAGAUUUUUCGCAAGAACUUCUUUGCCGAUUUCACACAAACCUUAGCUGCGGAAGCGAAGCUGGUCAAGGCAAAGUUUGCGCUGCCGCCCGCGGGAUCUGCUGCUAAUGCCGCUAAUUCUUCCAGCAGCUCUACCGGAACAUCAAAUGGACACGGCAAGCAGGCGCAAAGCAAAGAAACGCUGCACGAAGCCUACUGGUUCCCGCUGCCGAAGGAGGUGGAGAAAUCUUUGCUGAGCAAAGAGGGGAAGGCGGAAUACUGCAGCUCGCUGCUGACCGUGAAGGACCUGACAAAGUGCGAUUUUUCCAAAAUUCACAACCACGUGAUGCACCAGCGGGAGAAAAUGAAGGCGAAAAACUCUAAGAAAAAAGAGGCCACUCCGAUGAAAAAGCAGAAGAAAAAAAAGAAAGCAGACAGUAGCAAGGAUGAAGACGAGAACGCGGAUCUCGAUGCAGCGGCACAGGCUCAUCUGUCCGGUCCGCUACCGAAGUACUGCCUUUUGGACAAGGCCCGUGAGCCCGUCGGGAAUUUCCAGUGCGAGCCACCAGGUUUGUUUCGCGGGCGCGGGCAACACCCGAAGCAGGGGAUUGUGAAGCCCAGGUGCAUGCCGAAAGAUGUGUGUUUGAACUUGGAUCUCAACGCCGAGCCGCCCAAGUGCAGCAUCCCUGGGCACUGCUGGGGGGACAUUUACCACGACAACACGGUCUCCCUGCUCGGCUCCUUCUUGAACAAGCAAAAGUACAUUCAAGUUGCCACCUCCUCCGCCGUGAAGAUGCAGCCGGAUGCGUUGAAGUACGAGAAAGCGCGCAAACUGCACAAGGUGAUUGAAAAAAUUCGCAAGGACUACAUGAAGAAAAUCCAGAAAACGGCAGGAGCGGAAAUCACAUCCGUGAAGGACUUCAACCACCGCUUGUCCACCGUGCGGGAACAUUUCGGCUACACCGGCCGGAACUUCUCUGUGGAAGAGCAGAAGCACGGUAGCAAUCCAGACGCGGCGGUUUUUGUCGGGUGUCAGAAGCAGACCGCGUUUUGCGAUUUCCAGUAUGCGGUGAAGAAGGGGCAGCAGCUCGGUUGCGCGGCUUAUCUGAUCGACAAACUCGCUUUGCGCGUCGGCAACACGAAGGAUGAGGACGAGGAGGCGGACACGGUUGGGUGCACCACGCUGCGCGUCGAGCAUGUCAUUUGCCAAGGGAAGGUUGUGGCGCUGAAAGAGGAGGAGCUGAGUAGUUCUGUUCUCCCAUCAGACCAAAACCAACCGCUGCCAAACAGCGAUGAAAAGAACAAUCCUCGCAGCAGCGCGAACGCGCUCGAGGUCCCCUACAAUCCCGUGGAGGACAUUCGGCAAAUGUCUCGGGAGCACAGCAAGGAGGACGUGCAGCCAAGCCCCUUACACGGCGCGGAGCCGGUCUUGCGUCGGAGCGCUGCCGUGCGCCAGAGCUUCGACGAGAAACUGCUGAAGGAGCAUCUGGAGUACCGCUUGAAGUUUUCCUUUCUCGGGAAAGACUCCGUCCCGUACGAAAACGAGGUUUUGGUCCCGGAGGAGGUGUACAACUGCGUGCAGCAACUGCAGCAGCGGAAGAAGAAGAAGGACUUGCUGUUUGAUUUGAUCGACAGUAGCGAUCUAAACGCGUACUUCAAGGAGUUUUUGCCGGGAUUGUCCGCAAAAGUUUUCCGCACCUACAACGCAUCGAUCACGUUGGAACAGGAACUGGGGAAAUUCUCGUGGGAAACGCUGAAACAGGAAUUCUACCGCAAGCACCAGGCGGAGACGGCGAAGUUUGAUCAGGUCAUUUUCAACAGCACUGCGAAGAACAAAAGUAAAGAGGAUUUGGCGAUUCUGAACGAAAAAUUGGAGCAGUUGUACGAGAAGCAGAAGCCGCAGCUACUGGUACAUUUUUACAACCAGGCGAACCGGGCGGUCGCGGUGCUCUGCAACCACCAACGCAACGUCGCAGCGACGCACGAGGGGCAGAUGGACGUGCUGCAGCAGAAGCUGGAUUUCUUGAAGGAGGAAAUCGAGUUUCUGAAGGACCACAUGCGGGAAUGGAAGGGGUGCAAGUCGGAGGCGGCGCGAAAGAAGCUGUUGAAGAAGUCGGAGCAAGGGCUGCAGGACCUCCACGAGCAGCAGAAUAUAGCAAAUCAGGAGAAAAUAUCAAACGGGUUAAAUGGAGGUGAUAAUUCAACAUCGCCGAACAAGCAAGGUGGAACUGGAACAACUUCUGCAGCAGGAAAAAAGAAGACCCAGGAGUCGCCCUCCCGAGAAGUCAGUUCUCCCGCUGUCGGCGCCGCGGCCGCGGGAAGUAGUGCGAAGAGAAAUGCAAAGAAGAAGAAGGAGACACAAGAGCAACAAGCAGAAGCAGCGGCUAGUACCGCCCAGCAGGUGAAAUUUAACCUGAAGUCCGUCCCGGGGAAGCUGGAGUCUUGCAAGGAGAAAUUGCUUUCGCUAUCGCAGGUGCUGGUCCGCACGGAGGACUUAAUGAAGCGGCGGGAGGAGAACAAGAACGUUGCCUUGGGCACGUCGAAAAUCAAUUACAUGGACCCGAGAAUCACGAUCUCGUUUUGCAAAAGGGUAAAUCUAGAGGUCAACAAGGUGUUUAACAAGGCAAUCCUGAGCAAGUUCCCCUGGGCCGUGGACUGCGACCAGGACUUUGAAUUUCAGCAGUGAGAAAUCAGCUGCCGUGAAAGUUUUUUAGAUCGAAACCAUGACCGACGUCGUCGGAGUCGACGUGUGGGCGAAAAAUUGUGUCAUGUGUGAAAAAUAAGAGAUUUUCAAGCGUAGGCAUACUGAUAU